AUGGGAAAAGCGUUCUCAUGCCGUACAGCGAGCGAUGCCUUCGAUGUGGAGAACACCUUCGGUGUCAGCAGUGCCGAGACCUAUCGCUGCCAGCUGAAGCGUACCAGGAGCGAUACGCCAUGGCAAAUGAAGCUGGCCAUUCAUCGUGAGAUCGAAGGCGCUUCGAGCUUCUUGAUCACGGAGACGAAACAGUCCUUGGCCGUGAAGACAUGGAAUGAUGCGAAUCCCAGGAGUUCCAUCAAAGCGGGCCAUGUGAUCCUCGAGAUCAACGGCUUCACAGAUCAUGCGAACAUGAAGGAACAGAUCCUGCAAGCGACUUCGAUUGACAUGUGCAUUUGCUCUGUCCUCACAGUCCUUCAGCAAGUGGCCUAUGAGGUCUUUGAGCAGCAGCAGAGUCUCUACGCUGCAGUGGAUGCCAUCGUCCAACCGGUGGACGUGACGGAUUUGGCCGAAGGAUGCUCGAUUUGCCACCAGGAUCUGGAUGCCCGCGUGCCUCGUCUGAAGAACUGUGCACGGCCAUCACGACCUCCUGCUGCAGCAGACUGA